AAUUCUUAUUGGGCUAAUGUUAGUGUUGUUAUGGCUAUUGCUGCUAUCUUAGAUCCAAGAUAUAAGAUGAAGUUAUUAGAAUUUUAUUAUCCUAAAAUUUAUGGUGAUAAUUCUAAUUUGGAGAUUGAAAAAAUUAAGAAUCUUUGUUAUGAUUUACUUGAUGAGUAUGGUGAUAUAAAUGAGUCCUCUGUAGAUAAUGAAGGAAGUUCCCAUGUUCCUGCUAGUACUUCAAGCCCUGUGGCACAAAUGAAAUUUAGGUUGAGUGGGGCAAUGUCAUCUUUUGAUGAGUUUGUGAAUAAUAGUUCAAGUAGUUCAAAGAAACAUGGGAGUGCUAGAAUGGAAUUUGAUCAUUUCAUUGAUGAGGGAGUGUUGAAGAGGAGUGAAGAUUUUGAUAUUUUGGGAUGGUGGAAAAGUAAUGGUUUAAAGUAUCCUACUUUACAAAGGAUUGCAAGAGAUAUUUUAGCCAUUCCUAUUACAACUGUUGCUUCAGAAUCGGCCUUUAGCACUAGUGGGAGACUUUUAAGUCCACACCGUAGUAGGCUACAUCCCAAGACUAUAGAGGCAAUGAUGUGUGCUCAGAAUUGGUUAUGGAGUGAAAUCAACGGUUCUUCAACUAUGUCUGGAGAUUGUACCGUUCAAACAAUUCUUGAUGAUGGGGAGCCUAAUGAAGAGGAUGGGAGUUGUGUCACAAUUAUGGAUGAUUAGACAUUUUGUAAUAAUUUAGUAGCCAUUUUAAUUUCUUAAACUUGUUGGAUUAAUUUGUUGGUUUGUAAUUAUUUUAAGCCUUUUUAGCAUUUUGUAAUUUUUUAGCCUUUUUAAUUUGUUGGUUUGUGGAGGAUAAGACAUUUUGUAAUUUCUUACACUUGUAGGAUUUGUUUUGUAACUUUUUAUUUUUGAAUUUCUUGAACUUGUUGGACUUUUGAUACUUAGUUCUUGGACUUAUUGGAUUUAUUUUAUUUUUAUGUUUA